AUGGCCACAACGUGUAAUAAUGCUGAUCCGCUGUCAGUGCUUGUGCUCUCCCCUUCUCGCAUCGCACUCACCCACACACCACGGGAACGGAAAGGUUGGCGCGUGUGCUGCCGUGCCUAUCAACGAGCUAGAAGACAUGACUGGCCCCUUGGUCAUGCCAUCAGGGCCAAUUGUCGUUGGACUGGCCUCAUCAUCACCAUCACCACCAACACGACUGCUCGCGCAGUUACAUGGCCGCCAUCCUCCAUCACCUCUGCCCAUGUCCUGAUUGCAGAAGAGCCUCGUCACAUGGCAAGACCCCCCCUGCGGCCAACGCCAUUCAGGCACCCCGUCCUCCCACUACCAAUGUACACUCGAUGCAUCGAUAAACCAUUACAGCACAACACCGUACAUGCAGUACAGUACAUUAGCCGGUGCGAUGCGCAGUCGCUUGCUGCCUGCUCACCGCGCCGGAUGCUAGCGAAAGAGACGCACCACCCAGCCCAGGCACGGGAAAUCAGGACAUGUUUCCACUCCGUCAGCCUUGUGGUUGUUGGUGCAGCCCACCCUGCCCCCUUCCAAUGCUCCUCUGCUUGCUUGCUUGCUUGCUUGUGUCCAUUGAUGUAACGGCCUUGCUCUGCCAUUGAUUGAGUCCCUACAUAGACGUACUAUUGACGGGCACCGUGCAUGCAUAUCCGCAGCAACACCGAGACACCACCUCUAUGCCUACUGCCCGCCCGCAGCCAGCUACUACUACUACAAGACAUUGUCUCUGACCUAUUUUGCGCCGUGUACAUGGCAUGCGUGAGGGAUGGGGAUGGGUCGAGUCAACCCCGUUGCUCGCAGAGAAGCAGUUGCCAAUGCAAAAAGCCCAACGCGUCGGCCUGAAUCGUGCGGCAGAAUGCGCCGCCGGAAGGUGACGAGUUGACUCGGAAUCGUGGCAUCUGGCCAUCCUGCAACGAAGCUUAAACAUGCCCUUUUGGUCUUUUUUUCUUUUUUCCUUCUCCAUCUGCUGCAUCACCUUGACCUGCGACAGGGAUGUCGAGCUCCCUCU